CUGGAGAGAGAGAGAGCGGGAGAUUCAUCCGCUCCUCUCAGAAUCUUCCCGUGUGCUCUCGCUUUGUGUGCUCUGUGUGAGGGAGAGAGUGAUUCGUUGGUGUGGACGAUCUCGAUCGGGUGGAAAUGGCGUCGUCUUCCCCAACUUGCUCGCCGGUUGGGUUCUCCGGGCGGUACUACACGGUGUCCGGCGCCGGCGAGUGCGUCCGGCAGAGCAGCUUCUUUCAGGGGAAGGCGGUGCUCAACCAGGGCGUCGGCUACUCCGUCAUCCUGGGCUUCGGCGCUUUCUUCGCCGUCUUCACCUCCUUCCUGGUGUGGUUAGAAAGGCGUUACGUCGGAUCCCGACAUACAUCUGAGUGGUUCAACACAGCUGGUAGAAAUGUUAAAACUGGACUCAUCGCAAGUGUGAUCGUCUCCCAGUGGACUUGGGCUGCGACGAUCUUGCAAAGUUCCAAUGUUGCUUGGGAGUAUGGCGUCAGUGGCCCAUUUUGGUAUGCCAGUGGUGCUACCAUCCAGGUGCUUUUGUUUGGGGUCAUGGCUAUUGAGAUUAAAAGAAAGGCUCCUCAUGCUCAUACUGUUUGUGAAAUUGUUAGAGCUAGAUGGGGGACUUCUGCACAUAUAGUCUUCUUGGCCUUCUGCUUCUUGACAAACAUCAUCGUGACUGCGAUGCUGCUGCUUGGUGGAUCUGCAGUGGUGAAUGCCUUGACAGGGGUUAAUAUCUAUGCUGCUAGCUUUCUAAUACCUCUUGGUGUGAUAGUUUACACAUUAGCAGGAGGAUUGAAGGCUACCUUCUUAGCCAGCUACAUCCAUUCAGUUAUUGUGCAUGUUGUCCUCGUCAUAUUUGUAUUCCUGGUAUAUACGACCAGCAGCCAUCUUGGGAGCCCAAAGACCGUGUAUGAUCAUCUACUUGCUGUUUCGAGCAAGUCAAGGAUAUGCAGUGAGCCUAUUUCACACAGUGGGCAAGCUUGUGGACCUGUGAAUGGGAAUUACAAGGGAUCAUACUUAACAAUGCUAAGCUCGGGUGGCCUUAUCUUUGGAAUCAUCAACAUCGUUGGCAAUUUUGGUACUGUUUUUGUGGACAAUGGCUAUUGGGUCAGUGCAAUAGCUGCACGUCCAUCAUCGACUCACAAGGGCUACCUCUUGGGUGGUCUCAUCUGGUUUGCUGUGCCAUUCUCGUUGGCCACUUCGUUGGGACUUGGUGCGCUGGCACUUGACCUCCCAUUAACAGCUGAAGAGGCAGGCCACGGACUUGUACCACCUGCUACCGCCGUAGCACUGAUGGGGAAGACAGGAUCUGUACUUCUCCUCACCAUGCUAUUCAUGGCAGUGACAUCUGCUGGCUCUGCUGAGCUCAUUGCCGUGUCCUCUUUAUGCACAUAUGACAUCUACCGCACUUAUAUUAAUCCUGAAGCCACUGGGAAGCAGAUUCUGAAGGUCUCUAGAGCCGUUGUUUUUGGCUUUGGAUGCUUCAUGGGCGUGCUUGCUGUUAUACUGAAUAAAGCUGGUGUCUCACUUGGGUGGAUGUAUCUUGCGAUGGGAGUGUUUGUUGGAUCAGCGGUUAUGCCAAUUGCUUUCAUGCUUCUGUGGAAGAAAGCAAAUUCAGUGGGUGCAAUUCUUGGGACAAUAAUAGGUUGCAUAUUGGGAAUCAUUACAUGGUUAGCCGUAACUAAGAUAGAAUACGGACGUGUAAAUCUUGACACAACCGGCAGGAAUGCACCCAUGCUGGCCGGAAAUCUCGUGUCUAUAUUGGUUGGUGGAUUGGUUCAUGCUUUAUGCAGUUUCCUAUGGCCUCAGAAUUAUGACUGGGAUGGUACUAAAAAGAUAACCAUGGUAGAGAAAGACAGGACUGACUUGCCAGCCGAGGAAUUUAAUGAGGACAAGCUAAUAAGAUCUAAAGCUUGGAUAAUAAAAUGGGGAGUUGGGUUUACGGUAGUGAUUGCCAUAUUGUGGCCUGUUCUGUCUCUCCCAGCACGAACAUUCAGUCUGGGGUAUUUCACAUUUUGGGCUGUCAUUGCCAUUGCUUGGGGUACCGUUGCAUCUGCUGUAGUCAUUAUAUUGCCACUGAAAGAAAGUUGGGAUACCAUACAAAGCGUUCUGCUUGGCAUGUUCACAAAUGACACUCUCCUUGAGAAAUUUGAUGAAAUUAAUCUGAGAAUGCAAGCAAUCAUGAUGGCGAUCCCGGAAGCAGAGAGAUUGUACUUGCUGGAGAAAGAGAAAGGCAAGAGAGAAGAGGCAGCCGAGCGGCAGAAUCACAAUUCACGCUCUAUAGUUUAGCUGAAUUGUGCAGCCAGUUUGUAGCACGGGCAUCUUGUGCCGACUGUUUUCCAGUUUGCAAGAAGUGAUUAAAAAAAAAGGCAGAAGCUUAUUUCUUUUCAUCAGCCAUUAUUGUGUUUUAAGAGGUCAAGUUGCAUCAUAAGGCCAAGUUGCUAUGUUGGUGCUUGUGACGUGUUUUGUGAAUAGUAACCACAGUGACAGAAAGUCUCCUCCGAGACUAGAUAUGGUAAAGAAGCUGUAAACUUUGGAUCUUGUAUCACCAUAGAUUAUAUUUCAAUAGUUAAUAUUUACAUGUCGAACAGUGGUUUUGGA